AAAGUAAGCCGAUUCGAUCGAGAGAUGACAGAUCAAAAAUAUAUUUUGAAUUUAGAUUGGAUUAUAAAUAAAAUAAACACUUAACAAAAUGUGUAAAACUUCAUUGGCUGGAUGUUUUUUUACGUUUACAAUUUUGGAAUUGAUUACAAAAACACAACUUACUUUUCAUGACAGCAGCCAUGGUUUCUUGGGAGAAAAUCAUGGAUAUUUUGGAGAUGAAUUCUCACAUAUUGAUCGGGAACUCUCAUCUUUUCCAUUCACACACAAAAUUGAACUUUCAUCAAAGGCGAAUAUACGAUUUGAACCAGAAAUAUUAGAUUUUCGGCAAAGGGCCCUUGGCAUACCCCAUUAUGAAACUGUUACAAUAUAUAAUAUUGAUGAUAACAGAACAAUAGAAUUGACUUCAGUCUCUGGAAAUACAGUUCAUUUUCACAGCUCCUUUUUUGAAGAAAAGCGAGUUGCUCCACAUGGUAACACAUCUUUUAAAGUUGUCUUCCUGGGUAGGCAAGAGGGUCCUGCUGAAAGUUCUCUCUAUAUUCAUACAUUGGAUGGAUUCAUCAAAUUUAAUGUGGCAGCAUUUGGUAUUUUUAGCCAAUACCGAUUAAGACCAAUAGUGGGAGUGAAGGUACCUGCAAACUCAACAUUUUCUCCCAUCAUUUAUAUGCACAAUCCACAUCCUACACCAAUUCAAAUAGUAGAAAUUUAUAGUAGCGGAGGGAGUUUUCAUUUAGAACUUCCUACUGGAGAACAAGAAGGCCCAAAUGAAUUAUGGGAAAUACAACCUCAAGAAACUAAAGCAGUGAUCAGGGUUAAUUUUGAAGCCAAAGCAGUUAGAAAUCACACAGCUUACAUUAGGAUAAAACUUCAUCACCCUGAGGAAGUUCUUAUAGUACCUAUAGAAGUGGAAGUGACAUCAGUUCAAAACAUAUUUCAUCCGCAGGGUUAUAUUGAUUUUGGUAUGGGUGGUCAUAUGGAUCCGCCAAAGGAAGUAAAUUUUUGUCUGUUUAAUCCAUUUCGUAAGGGUGUGAGAAUUCAUAGUGUAUCAACUUUAUCUAAAGCGAUAAAAACCCAUUAUUACAACGUCAGAAUCGGGCCUGCUAGUGAAAAAGAGAACACUUGCGUUCAUAUUGGCACACUCACUGUAGAUUGGAAAACUGCAUGGAAAACGCAAGAUUACCAAGGAAAAAUAAUAGUUAAAAUUCGUAAUGGAAAAAAUCGCACAGAAAUUCCAUAUUAUUUAUCCGUACUUAAGGGUGGACUGAGCUAUGAUAGCAUGGCGACCACUUAUUUUUUAAAUGAGAAGGGCAUAGAUUUGUCUAUGAGAAGUUUUGAAGUUAGAAAUGAAUAUCAGUAUCCUCUUAAAGUUACAGAUAUUGCCUUCCCUUAUGAUGCAGAAUCCAUCUUUAAGAUUGAGACAUUCACCCCAAAAACUAUAUUACCCUUUAAGAAGGAGAGGUUGUUUAAUAUCAAACUGAAAAGUAUUGUGAAAAAGACAGAUAUGCAAUUGACAAGUCACAUAAAAUUAAUAACAAAUAUUUCAGAGGUAACAGUACCCCUACUUAGUUAUAAUGGAAAACUUCAGAUUCACUUGCCUUUUAAAAGUCAAGAUCACUCUUUAGAUGUGGGCCUUAUAGGAUAUGAUACAAAAAAAGAAGUAUAUUUUAUGGUUAUCAAUCCUAACCCAGUUAGUUUACACAUUAAUAGUGUUCGCUCUUCGGUACCUAUGACAAAAGUUGAAUUGUAUGGUUGUAGCAAUGGAGAUCAUAAAAUGGCUCUCUUACAAACUUCUUUUAAGAAUUUAACUAAAUGUCACAAUGUAGCAGCACAACAGUAUGCCAUUAUCAAAAUGAGUGUGGCCACAAAUCACAUUGAUGGCCAGGUUUGGGGCGACAUACUGAUUGAAACUGCAUUUGAGGUGUUGUCUGUUCCAGUACACUUUAAGAUAGCAUUUGGCAAGUUGGAAAUAGAGCCAGAUGGUUUAAUAUUAGAUUCAUGUUUUCCAGGAAAACUUUGUAAGCUUCCUCUCAAAGUGUACUCGACUUUUGCUGAAAAAAUGACAGUGGAACAUAUAGUGGGGCUUCCACCUGAUGCGAGGGUAACUGCUACAAUAUCUGGGGUUAUUAUGCCUAAGUUCAAUAAGGUGAUUGGACAUUUAAUUUUUAAUCCCGAUGUAGAUUGCUCUCCUGAAUGUUAUACGGGUCUUCACGCAGAUAGUUCAGCCACUUGGUUGAAAACUUUAGUUCUAGCAAAACAGGUUCCAGAAUUUGACCUGCACCUGGUAAAUGUGUUUUACAAUAAAUAUUUAAAUUUCACCAGCAAUGGUCUUAAGGCAUGGGAGCAUUUGGUGCUUAGACUGGACACGUCAGAUGUGAAAGGUUAUUUUUUUAAUUGCAAAAUCAAGAUGACAUGGCCAAGUUUACUGAAAGAUGGAGUCGCUAAUAAUUCGGUAUUAAAUUUUCCCCUUACUCAGGCCGGGAAUUAUUCCUACAGAAGUAUUGUUUUGCAUAAUCCAGCGAGUUACAGUUUGGUAGUCCAGUUAAUAUUUGAAAGGGAUUAUCCCCAUGUGGAGAUGUUGUAUGAUGGUAUUCCUUCAAACUUUUUGCUCUCAUCUGAAAGAAAGUAUUCCAACAGCAAAAUAUUUGUUUUUGAUGAGGGACAAAAAAUGGGACAACAAGAAUUUUUUCGAGAAUAUCUUAAAAUGAAGGUUUACAAGCAGUCAAUGCCAUUUUUAUUGCUACCUGGUCAAUCAGAAAAGGUUACAUUGAGGUUUUAUGCAGAAGACAGUAAAUCAUAUUCAAGUUUGCUCAUUUUGCGUAAUAAUUUGACUAUAUUAGAGACUGUAAGGCUUAAUGGUGAAGGAUCCGUACCAAUGUUUAAGUUUGGAAAUCGAAAACCGGGUUCUAGUCAACCUCUAUUGUUUGAAAUGACCGACAAGCAUAUGAAGGAUUGUGAAAAGCAGAAAAGUUAUACAAGUCCAUUGCCUAAUUUGACUGUAAAAAGAUCAUUUACAGCUAGAAAUAUGGGCGAUAUUCCGAUUUCUAUUAACAGCUUUCACAUUAAUUACUUGGAAUGCGAGGGAUACGGGUUUAAGGUAAUUGACUGCGAACCUUUUAUUUUGCCCCCAAAUGGUACAAGAAAAAUUGACAUAGCUUUUACACCUGACUUAACCCUUUCGAAGGUCACAAGAACCUUAAUUCUUGGUACUAGUUUAAAUGUAAUGGUGAACUAUACAUUAUAUACUACAAUUCCUCAGGCAUAUUUAAACAUGUGCGCAGAACUUAUUCCAAGGCCCCAUUGGGAGGUGUAUUUAAGUUACAUGGCAAUAGUGUUUAUGAAAAUUUUAUUUCUCAUUAUAUUGUUUUUGGCCAUAAUUGAUGGCGAAAAUAUAACAAAACAGGCGGUGGAUGCAUUUUUGCUCUCCAGUGGUUCUACAGAUCAACCGAUAUUGGAUUUAAGGAAUGUUGGGCGGCAAAUAAAAGAAGAAAUUCAGUUAGCAAAGGAAAAAAAGAAAAUUGAGAUUAUAGAGUACACUAAAAAUAAAGAAGAUGUUGAAGAAGAACAGAAAGUCAGAGUUGAGUCUGCAAUAAUACCUACAACUGGUAAAGCCAAGAAAAAGCUAGCGCAACGAAAUAGUUUAAAUGAUUCCUUAGAAGAGGGCGAAGAAGACACAGGCAUGAGCGAAAGACCUGAAAAAGAAAAGUUAAGAAAGAAGGAUAUACUCUAUGAGACACACAGGCUAAAAUCUAAAGAAAGAAAGACUGAAAAAGAACUCAAAUUGAUGGAAGAGAGAAAUAAACGAGAAAAGCACGCACAGCACAAAGAAGUAGAAAGUAAGAAAUUGGUAGUGAAUAAAAAAACAAGCAACAUUACAAAUGUACCUGCCCAGGAUGAAGAUACUUCUUCCACAACAACUGAAAGCAGUAAUAGUAGUGCAAAUCUUGAAGAAGUUGAUAAAGAAAACCAAAGAAGUAAAAAGACUAAAAUAAAACAAAAGACUGUUAAAAAUAAGGUUGUAAGUUCAGUAACAGUGAGAGUAACCCCACCAAAUAAUUUAAGUUGUAUUAUGAAGGAAUUUAAACCAAAAUCAAAGGCUGUUGACAGAAAUAAGGAAAAUCUUCAUUUGGAAAAUAGUGAGGAGAAAUAUAAAUCACACAACUACCUUCAUAACAGGUAUGCCCGUGAACUAAAGAGACGCGAAAAUAAAAUCAAGGAUCGAAAAGAAAAAAUUGUUUACCGAAACAAGCACCACAAUGAUAGAAAAUCAAGGACAAAUGAUCCUGAAGCAACAUCCCAAAGAGAAACUUCAAAAUUGUCUAGUUUUUUCAUACCUUUACCUACACCUACCACCAUUUCUUCAAUUUGGGGCGAGAGUCGAGCUAAAUUUAGUGAUGUAGUUGCUCGCAGUGAAUGUUCUAUGUUUUCCUCAACUUUUCAGAGUUGUUCUCAUUCACUAAAUUCUGUGAGUAAUGUCAGACCCUUAAAUAAGGUAAAGACCACUUCAGCAAAGCCAACAAUGUAUGUGGAACCAUAUAAACCUGCCGAACUUGGGCCUAUUGGUUCGAAUAGGCUUGAAACCCCAGGUACCAAAAGUCCAGAUCUUUUUAUGGAACACAACCAUGAGUACAAAAAUUCGCGAUUGGACGAAAGUGGUUUUAGAGUUUCAUUAGGCACCACUAAUAGUAAUUCAGCAUCAGUGUCAAUGAAUGUUGGAGGCUGUAAUCAGCUGAAUGAUAGAAGUAUUAUUGCUGCUAUAAAUAGUAAUCAGAUAAUGUCUGGAGAUGGAAACUUCUUACAAUCUCGCGAUGUUCAGAGGGAGAAUGUUUGUUUGGAUAACUCGCAGAUGACCGCAGAUACCUGGAGAAAGCAAGAGCUAUAUAAAAACUUAAAAGAAAAUCAGAGAAAACAUUAUGAUGCAGGCAUUAAUCCAUCGAAUCAAAUGGAAGAUCCAUGGAAUGAAAACCUGUUGAAUUCCAGCGCGUAUUGGAACAAUCCAUUAGAUUGUCAGCCAAGUACUGCGACCAAUUCAUCAAUAUACCUAUGGGGUUCAAAUCCAGUGUGGAAACCAUGGUCUCCAUCAGCAACAACUCCUGGGGUACGAACUACUCCUCCUGGUUUUGAUCAAUAUGUUCAAAAACAAAAGGAAGAGGACCAACAGGAUACGCGUCAAGAUUCUUAUAAUCCAUUCUGUAGUGGUAGCCUUUGGACCGAGCAACAAAAAAACCCGUGGACUUAUGACCGACAACAAUGAUGUUCUAAUAAAAACCUCCUGUUCCUAUGGCCACAACACUUACUCGGAAGCUGGAUUUGUUUUUCGAUGACUCAUUUGUUUUCAUUUUUACUUUUAAGACUGCAAUUUUUUUAAUACUCAUGAUUUAUGUAUAUAAAGAUUUUUUUGUUAAAUGUUUUAUGAUGGCAGUGCAUCAAUUCGAUUGUUAUGUGAAGUCAGUAUAUCUGAUGAUGGUGUGUCUCAAUAAAUGUUUGAAGCAG